AUGUUUCGGUUCGCAAGCGCCAUCCCCUCUCUUCGAGGAGCGACCAAUGCUCCGGUCGAGAGCCAGGCGAACUCUCCAGGAGAAGCAGAGGACCAGGUCGCCCCGUUAAGCGCCAUAUCUUCUAGCAGCAAUAGCGAGACAACGCCCACUCAGAAUAUUCCUUCCUGGGCGAGGGAACUGAACAAUGCACGAGCCAACAGGCACAGUCGAGCCUCGUCGAUUGUGUCCACCCAGUCCAAGUUCACCACGACUACUCUGCAAGAAGAUGCUCGCAGCAUCGACAUCAACGUCGCCGGCCAGUAUUUUCGGAUCAGUCGGGAUGGCUCGCGAAUUACAGCGGAUGCUCCGCCGCCGUAUACUGGGCCGGACGAUACUCUACACUUCCACGGGGAUCGAACAAGCGACGUCGUGAGCUUGGACAGUCGCCUUGAAGUGGAUAGUCAAGAUAUCGACGAAGACGAUCUGGAGGACGGCGCAGUCACUCCGAGGUCAACAUUCACAGCCAUCGAUCAUGAUGCUACCGUGCGAGCCAACAUACUCGACCCGACAGAGCUUGAAUUGCCGUCACCAUUGGCACAUGAUCAGCUGUACCGUCGCUCAUCUUCGGCCACGGUCAUCACCAGCGAACGGACGACUGGUUCUGCCAGCGGGCUUAACCGAAGUCGCUACAGUGAAGAUGACUCGGAGAUUCCCCCUGGUCCAAGGCCAGACCAUCGCGGAAGGAGAGUGGCCUCAGAAGAUCUCACGUUUGACAGGGUGGAUGAGAUAUCACAAUCGUUGCCAUUAAGGAGGUUGCACCAAGGACGCCUACCCCGACUUAUCACGUCGAGAGGCAUGUCGCGAGCCAGCCAUCGACACCAACACCAUCGGCAGCGAUUCAACGCAUCGCGAGGACGAGGACGUUCACUCCAAAUCCAAUCUGCUGGCGCAAUUCUAGAUGACUUACGCAUCGACCAUGAACCACGAUCUCCUGACUACAUAGGGAGACACGCAAGGGGCAGGUUCCCAGUCCCCACCAAUUCGGCGACGACCCAGGAUACCAGUGCUCUCAGAAAUGGCGAAUCAUUAGCCAGAGCAGCAAACCCUCUCGACAUGAGCGAGACGCCAGAGGAAAGCAAUACACCUCUACCUAUGGACGACGAGAACGACAUCUCUCUCCAUUACGCGCGAAUGAUGCGGAAACUGGACUCCACGCACCGCAAAGCGCUCCUCUUCAAAGACAGGCAGAUUGCAGAGCUUCGCGAGAAACUAAAUGAAAAGGACAUUGUGCUCAGACAGCAACUGCGGGCCAAAGACUUUAUCAUCGACGACCUCAAGAAACGGCUGAGUAACCUGGAGGAGAACGUUGAGGUCAUGCUAGAAAAGGCCCGACAUCAAGUGGAAGAUCUGUGGGAGUCGCGGUGGAAAGACCGUGACUUCCACCUGCGGGAGCGUAUGAGACGGAUAGAGGAGGAGGCCCAGAAGACGGUCGACCACGUGAGGGCUUCUCAAGGUCAGCCGGAACGAGAGCCGAAGAGUACGAGUAACGAGUAG